AUGGAAAUAAUCAAAAUAGGUUCGAUUGUGAGUAUUUCUCAUUUAUAGGAUGAUGAUGCAUUAAUAGGUGGAGAUGGAUUUAUAAAAAACGCUGUAAUUCUUAAAGGGAUGUCACCUUAGAAUAAAUUGGACACCAAGGAUUUCAACAUAAGCUAUUUUAGUCAAAUGAACAUGCCAAAUUGCUUAUUUGUAAUUUGUCCAAGGACAUCAAAUGGCAAGAAAGUUGAAGUUGCUAAACUUUUUCCGUAAAGAAAAAAGAAACCUUUCGGAUCAAUUAGCGAUGAUGUAACUGAUUAAAAAAGUGAAGUUACACCUGUGAAGUCAUAAAUUAAAUCAGCCACUCAUUCGGUACAAUCAUUAUUGAGUGAAAAGUAGGUGAGAGAUAAUCAAAUGAAUUUAUUCAAUGAAUUUAAAUUCAAUGUGGAUGGUUUUGAGAAAGAGAAAGGCAAUUAUGUUAAAUAUGAAGAACCAAUAUAGCUAUUACAUUUGGCUUCAUCUAAAUGGCUUUGUUCUUUAUCAGAUGAGGCUAAAUUCGAAAAUUAAAACUUUAAGCUUGCAUUAAGUGAUUAUACAAGCGAUGAAACUCUAUUCAAAAUAGUGGCCACUUAUAAAUAUUAAAAGGAAGGUGAUUAAAUAGUUUACUCGUAAGAAAUAGUCAGAAUUAUGCGUAUGAUACCUUUUCUUGGAAAACCAACAUUUUUACAUUGUUCAGGUGAGAUUCCAUAGAAGGCAAUCAAAGAAUAUAAAGAUAGUAGUGAAGUGAAAAUCUAAAAGAGAGAAAUUAAUGCUUCACUAGAAGAAUCAACAUCUUGGAAAAUUAAUCUUUUUUCUGAAGAAUUACCAAUAGAUGGUGACUUGGUCUGGAUCCAUCAUUCAGAAACAUGCUCAUAGUUGGCUGUUGAUUAUGAAAGAGACCUCAACAAAGCUAAACUAUCUGUGUUUUAAACAGAUUUAAGUGAGUUAUCAUUUGACAAUUAUAGUGGCAAUGCCUAUUCAUUGUGGAUAAUUGAGGAUGAAGAUUAUAAAAAAGGAGGCCCUUACUUAUAUUCUAAUAAUUAUAGAUUAAAGCAUUUCCACACUGGAUUAUAUUUAGCAUGUGUAAGGGUUAUUCCUAAAGAAUAAGAAGAUAUUAAAAUUGAUCCAUAUGGGAAGAAGAAAGUGAUCAUCCCAAAGAGUAAAAAAGUACCUGCCACUUUUGCCUUAUAAGUUCGACCCAAUAAGGAUGCAUUAUUUAAAUUUGAGCCCUUAAAAUCUGUAGAAAAGAAUGAGAUUUAAUCCGAUUUUAUUUAAAUUAAGAGUGUAACUUAAGGAAAAUACCUUGAUGUUAUAAGUAAAUACCAUCAGGAUGGCAGCACCUUUAAACCAAUUAUUUUAAAUCAAAAAAACGAACAUGCUGUUUUUAAAAUAUUCAGAGCUAAUAAAUAAGAGACUUAAGAAGUACUAUUUUUAGAUUCAUGUACAAAAUAAUUAAGAAAGUAUCAAUUUUAUAUCAAUUUGCCUUUUAAGUUUGAAUAAAAUUAAGUCUUCUAAUAAUUAUCUGAUGAUGUAGACCUCUUAAAAAUUAAGACUAAAAAGUUAGCCACCACUUAAAGGUGCAUUCAAAAUUUGGAUGACUUUCUUAGAUAAAAAAUAUAUAACUCUAGUCCUUCCCAAAAAUACGGGUUCAUAUCUUCAAAAAGGUAGAAACUCUUAAAGGAUUAACAUUUCUUUGAUGUCUUAUUGCAGAUUCUGACAGCCACAGUUACAAAACAGGAAUUAGAGACAUGGGCAAACAAGAAGGGAGCUCUCAAGGCUAUGGAGUAGCCUUCAAUGACUGAGAAAAACUAAAGAAAAUAAUUGUAAAGCAUAUCUGAAAAGGAGAAAUUAGAACUAUCUAAUUCAAAGAUUGAAGUUUGCAAUCUGAUAUUUAUGCUACUUCAAACUAGUGUUAUUAAUAAUACAAGCAAUUAAUUGUAUCUAUUUGAACGAUUACCUGAUUAUUAGCAUUAUUGCAAAUAUCUCCCAUAAACAAUCAAUUUUUUAAUUGAAAUGGUUAAGUGCAAUGAAAAAAUUUUAAUCAAUUUAUGCAACAACUUAAAAAUUGAAUUUGAUUACAUUAAAAAACAAGAAAUUGAAGAUGAUCUAAAAAAUAAAGUAAAGGUCUUAAUCAAUUUCUAUGAAAAAGAUGUUGGAAUAUAAUAGGAAGUUUCAAUUCCUGUAAAAGUACAUGAUCGUAUCAUUACCAGACCUAUUAAUAUAAUACAAUAUUUUUUCAAUCUGAUGAUUGAUGAUACUGCUAAGAAUAAUGAACAUUAUUUGAGAUUUCUUAGACACUUAUGUAGAUAUAAGAAUAAUGCCAUUAGUAUCAAUUAAGAGAAUUUGUUCAAAUUGUAUAAGAAAUAUAGCAAACAAACUAAAUUGUUACAUAUUGAAACUAAUAAUGGAUGUAUAAUAGACAAAGAGAUCUCGUUUUAAUAUGAAUUAUUGUAAUUCUUUUCUGAAGUUUCAUAUGGAAGAAACUAUUUAUGGUAAGCAGAACUAAGCCCAUUGUUUGAAAAAGAGAUUUUAAUAAAUUAAAUUUGGAAUCCCAGUUAAGUUGAGGGAAAUCAAAUAGAUGAUAAAUUAAGGUCAUUUUGGUGUAGGUUAAGUAGAACCCUGUAUGUUGACUAAUAACCGUUUCAAUACUUGAUCGUCCCAAAUUAUUGUAGGUUGUAUUCCCCUUAUUAAGAUCAAUUGAAAAACAGGAAUGAUGAGGAAAUUGAGAAGCAAUUCAAAUUGAAAAAGAUGUUUAAAUACAUAAAAACUAAGAGAAGCGAAGUCUAUGAGGCAAUAGCCAAUCGUGCAUCUAGUGAUUUAUUAAAUGAUGAAUUGGUCUAUAAUGCAGCCGACCAAAUCUUAACUAUGUUAUAAUUAGACAUUAUGCCAAGUAAGUAUUACAACAAAAUAAUUAAAUACAUGUCAGAGAUGUUCAUUUAUGAUAGAAAAAAUCUUGAUUAUUUGAAUGCUGCAGUCAAAAGCUAUCAAUAAACAGUGAAUGAGAGGAAAGGUAAAAAAAGUAUAGUUAUUAAUUAAUUUGGAAAUGUAUUUAAUGGAAUGAAGGAUCUCAUAUAACUUAAUCAAGAAGAUAAAGAAGAAGUUGGAGAGGAGGAGGAAGAGGAGGAAAUUAAUUUGUAUGAUUAACCUAAAUUGUUUUUGAAUCCAAUAAUGAAAGGGUUCAUGUCAAUGAGUAAUCAAUUGGAAGGGAUGAUUACUUUACCUAAAUCAUAGUAAGAAAUUGAAUUUAAAUUGAAAGUGUGUUCAAUUCUUGAUCAUUUCUUAGAUCGAAGACAGAACUUCCUUAUUUCUAACAUUCUACUGUUCUUCUUAAAAUAUUAAUAUACAAAUGACGAUUUGUCAGAUGAAGAUGACGAUUAAACUAUUAAGGCUGCACCAAAGAUAUUUAAUAAUAACUAUAAAACAUUGAUUCCUACUAUUGCUAGAACUGGAAUCGAUGAGAUUGAUGAACCAGAAGAUACAACUUAGGAUUUCCUAUAGAUGGCAGUUAAGAAACCACAAACAUUUACUAAUUAUUUCUAAUAAUAUAGUAUCAAAUCUGAAGAGGAAUUCUAAGAAUUAGAUUAUUAUUUGAGUUAAGCUUAAAAGUUUAAUAAUAAUGAGAGAUUGAGUGAAGAUCAAUUAAAGGAAAAACAAGUGGCAAGUUUACUACCUUAUUUGAUUUCUACUUACUUUUUGGUUAAGGAUUAGGUCUUGGAGGAAAGGUGUCUAAAUGUUAUAAUGAGGGUUUUCAAUUAAAGGGAAGAGUUGAGAGAAAAUAUGAAAAAGUUACAGAUCUUAUUUGAUGAUGAUAACAUCAAGAUAUAUGAGUUUGUUGAACAUCGCUAAAGAGAUUUAAGAGUAAUGGUAGAAAAGACAGAAAUAUGGUUAACUCAAUUUAAGGCAGGAUAUGAUGUUGAAGAACUUGAUAAAUGCACCUAAAAUAUCAGACAAUUAACUUUAUGUAUGAGAUAAGGAGUCUAAGUCAAUGAUUAAGAGCUAGUAGUAGAAGUAGUCAAUAAAGAGAUUUAUGAUUCUGAAAAGUAAUCAGUUAUGACCUAUUUAAAUAUUCACGAAAUAAUUGUCAAUCUAAUUUAAAAUGGUAUGGCACAUUUCAUUUAGGUGUUGAAUGAUGAAUUCAUUAAUAUAGAAAGAAAAGAACAGCUAUUAUAACUAUUUUCAAUUGCAUUUAAAUUUCUCAUUUGCUAUUGUACAAACAACAAGGGAAACUAGUUAAUACUCUAUCAAUAUUUAGAAAUAUAUUUAUAGUAUAUAUAGUAUGAUAUAGGAUAAUGCAAACUAUUGAUUGAAAUUUUCAAAGACAAUCCAAGACUUUUAAACACUGGUGUUAAAUCAUUGGUUUCACGUUUGACUGAAAUAAUAGAAAGAGAAGGAAGAUAAGUUAAAUUCAUUGAGAUAUUUAUAAAUUUAAUUAGUAUUGGAGGAUAAUAUUUACUAGAAAAUCAAAUUUUAAUAUUAAAUACAUUCCUACCAAUGAGAGAACUAAAAGAAACAGAAUAAAGAUUAUUGUAUGCAGAGGGUAGUUAGCAAAAGGAUCUUCGAUUUUAUUUUGAAGAUCAAUUUCUAGAUUCUGAAGAGAAUUUACUACACUAAUUAGAAGCAAUCGAUUGGAAAGAUUGUUAUAGAGAUGAACCAUUUUUAUAUCAUUCCAAAAUUCUAGACUUGUUAUUGUAGACUUCUUUGAUUGAUAAUACUGUAAGAGAAUAUAAUCCUUCACUCAUGCCUACAGAUAGUUUUAAUAUUAGUGUUUUUAAAUUAAAAAAACUGAUCAAACCAAGUUAUCUAUUGGAAAUCUUAAGAUUAGAUGAUGAUAUGGUAUCAAUUAAACAAAGAUUAACAAGAAUGCCAACUCAAUUUAUUAAGGCUUAAGCUAAUUAAUAACAAGAAGAAUUAUUUAAUAAAAGGAAAGGUUACACUUCAUUAAAACCUAUUGUUUGUGAGUUCCUGAGGUUGGUUCAUAUUGUGAGUGAAAAAAAUAAUGCAUAAGAAGGAUUACUCUCCUAAUCGAGUAGACAAUUUAUACAUUUUGUUGAAUUUGAAAGUAAAAAAUUAGAAGUUGUUGCAGCUGGAACAGAUUAUUAAAAUUGCUAUAUAGAUUAUAUUAUUGGAUAAGUUAUUCCACUGAUUUUAUGUUAUCAUUAAAGAGUAUUGAGUGUUUAAUAAGAAGAUGUGAAAACUGCAUUAAUUGAAUUUUCUAGCCAGUUUGCCUAAGCACUUUGUUCAACUUUCUAUUCAAGAUUAACAAAGUAUGAAGAGUUAGAAAUAAUUUCAAAAUUGAGAGAAUAUUAUUAAAAUGAGUACUAUGAACCUGCCUUUAGAUAGGAAGGAGAGUAAUCAAUAUUACAUUUAUACCAUGUUUAAUUUUAAUUAGAAGAUGGUGAUGAUUUAUCAAAACCAAUUUAAGAAUAGAUGGUCUAAUCAAUCCCUAAGAAAUCUUAGACCAAAUCAAAGAAUUUAUUAAGUCAAUUUGCCUCUUUAAAUUUGUCUUUAGUUAAUAACAAAACAAGUAAGCACAAAAGAGGGGAGUUAACUCCAAUAAAGUUGUAGGAGUAAUGGAAGAAGUUUGUUGAGGAGAUGUUUAGAUCAUAGAAGUUAGAAGAAGAAAUAGAUAUUGAGAAGUAGGCAUUGGCAGAUGCAAUCAUUGGAAUAGAAAAGUUAAUUAAAGAAACUUGUGAAAUUAAACCAUCUUUAGAAUCAAUAUUGAAGAAAUUUAUUACAUUUCUGUAGACUGCUGUAUUGCAAUAAGAUAAUAAAGGGACGAUUGUGAUACUCUUAAAGAUCAUGUCAAAGAUCAUAGAGAAGCAGGAUUCAGAUGAAAAGAAAGAAUACUAUUAGAAAUUAUUUGAUAAUUUAGGAGCAACAAGAAUGGUACUCAAUGUUAUCACCGAUUAUUCAAAACUACUGAGUAAUGAAAUGCUAUUUUAUUUGAUUUCUUUUAUUAAUGUACUACUUAGAAAUGGAAAUACUUAAGUACAGAACACAAUUUAUACAUUUUGUCAGACUCAAUAGAAAAGUGAAGUGAUGUUCUCAACAUUUGCUAAGUAUCUGGAAAUUGCUGCUACUUCUGGAAGAGACAUGAAUGAAGAUUAGGAGGAGGCUGAAAUUUAAAAGAAAAUAGUAAAUUGUAUCUUGAAGUUCUUUUAAAAUUGUACUGAGGGACAUUAUUAAAAUAUGUAGAAUUAUAUUAGAUAUUAACAUAAUUCGAGAGCAUCUAAAGAUCUAAUCAAUUUGGUGGCGGAUUUAUUUAAAAAUUAUGAUAGAACUAAAUAGAAUUUCAGUAAUUUAAUGUGUUGUUUGGAUACACUAAAUGAAUUGGUUUAAGGUCCUUGUUCAGAAAAUCAAAUAGCAGUGGCAGACUCUAAAUUCUUCGAUGUUGUUUAAGAAAUGUUCCCUUUAAGAAAAAAUGUGGCAGUGUAAUAAAAAGCUAUUAAAGUUGCAGCAACUAAAAAGAUGAGUGUGUUGCCUUCCUCUUCUGCUUCUAAUCUACUAUCAAGAGGAAUGAAGGCGUAAUUACAAAAUAAGAUUUUGAUAUUGGUUCUGUCAUUGUUGGAGAAUAGAGAAAUUAGAGGAAAGAAUUCAAUAAUAAAAAGAAUUAUGAGAGUAUUGCCAAUGAAUGUAUUAGAACGACAUUUGAGUAAGAUAUAUAAGAAAUGGUUCAAUAAAUACACAGGCGAUUAUAAUAUGCAGGCAUUUGAAUUACUGAAGAUUGAUCCAAUGGAUUUAGAUGAGGAAAGUUAGGAAUUCAAAGAUUGUGAAAUUAUCAUUUAGAAUGGUUUCUAUAUCAUGUUCUUGAUUUGUUAUUACAUGGAGAGUGAUGAAGAGAUCGAUUCAGUCUUUAUGGGAUAUAACAAAUAAUACUUGAAAAGUUAAAUUUAAUAAAAUUCAUUGUUUGAUCCAAAUUCUACAUUGGGUUAAUUAUUUGCUUUGGGUAUGGAAGUAUAUGAAAUGUCCUUAUUGAAAACGCAACAGAUGUUUAAUGAAUUGAACAAGGCCAGAAAGGAUGAUCCAGAAUUCAUCUUAGAAUAGUAGAAGCGCAAAUAAGAGGAAAAGAAGAAGAGAUUGAAGAAAGCAUUUAUGUUCUUCCGAGCUAGAACAGCUCAUAUAGAAGUAGUUAGAGAUGACUAAAUAGAAUUAGUGUUCUUUCCAUUAUUACCAUUCAGUAAAUUAAAUAAGGAUGAGAAGCAGUCUUUUCAAUAAACAGUUGAUCGUUCUUCUGCUAAAUCUAAGGUUCAGGAUCUCAUGGAAAAGAGUCCUGAAUUAAUCUAAAUCAUGAGACAUGAGGAAGAGAUGAACAGAUUCUAUAAGCAAUAUAAACUCAUUGGAUUCUUUGCCAAUUACAUACAAUUGUGGAAGGACUUGGCCUUCUAUUUGACUUUGAUAAUCAACACAAUGAUCAUAGCUUCCUUUUCACAUCAAUCGGACCCAGACAGACCAAAAGAGGAUGUGAGUAAUGAGGCUUUGAAUGAAUAUAUUUUCUUUAGGAAAGAUGAAUGGACUUAAGCAUAAACUAAAGAAUUAAUUAGUGCACUAGGAUAUGCAAUGAUGGUUUGUUCUUUAUUUGUUGUGUUGUUUGUCCUAGCCAGAAUAGCACCACUUAUAAUUAAAAAGGCACUGCAAAGAAAACCCUUAAUAGAGGGACAAGGAAUGAUAAAGUUACUAUUAAAUUGGUUGGCUAAAUUCUUUUUUGUGCUCUUUUAUUGCUUACAAGAUUUCCAAUUAGUUUACUAUUUAGGAUAUGGAGCAUUGUCUGUAAUUGGUACUUUAGUGCAUCCCUUCUUCUUUUGUUUCCAUCUUACAGUCAUACUAAUAAGAUACCCUACGUUGAGUAAUGUUGUUAGAGCAGUCACAAUGCCUUGGUAACAAUUAGUACUUACUCUAUUGCUAAUCAUUAUAAUUACGUAUAUUUUUACACUCAUUGCUUUUUAUGCUUUGCAAGAACCCUUUGGAUUGGAUUGCAAGGAAGUAAGUAUCUGCUUCUUAUAAAUAUUUGAUAAGAAUUUCAAAACCCCUGGAGGAAUAGGAGGUGAUAUUACAAAUAAUAAUCCAUCUCCUACUUAUGAGAUUUUUAGAUACCUUUAUGAUCAAAUUAAUAAUCUAUUAUUAGUUAUUAUUAUGGUGAGUAUUGCAUCAGGUAUUAUUAUUGAUACCUUUGGAUAAUUAAGAGAAGAUGAAAACAAGAUGAAUAGUGAUAUCAAAGAUAAGUGUUUCAUAUGUGGUUAAGAGAAUAUCAUAUUUGAAAGAAGUUCUGAUGGUUCCUCUGGUGGAUUUAAGAAUCAUAUAAGACAGAAUCAUUAUAUGUGGAAUUACUUAUAUUAUAUUGCUUAUUUAUAAUGGAAGGAUUCAUAAGACUAUUCAGGUAUAGAAUCGUAUGUGGAUAAAAAAAUAAAGGAUACAGAUUUGAGUUGGAUUCCUUUUGGAAGAGCAAGAGAAUUAGACAAAGGAGAGGAUGAAUAAGAAAAGUAGAUUAAAUAGAUGGAGCAAUCCUCCAGUAAUAUAGCAUCUUUGUUGACUCAUACCAAUGAUAUAAUUUAAGCACUCAAAGAGAAGAAAGAAAAAAGAAAACAACAUUUUACUCAGUAAAAUCAAACAACACAAUAAAAGGAGUAAAUUGUAUCCCAAUCAUCAAUAGCUUUAUUAUGA